UCCCGGAUCCUCACCCCUGAAACUCCUUCAUCUGCAGCUUCCCUGUCACAAGCCAACUUUCAGUUGAUCUCAGCCAUGGCCACAAGGGGUUUGAGGAGCAGCAGCAGCAGCUUCACCCAGAGCAGGCGGUCGAGCCCAGGGAUGUCUUCGAUGAGUCUGUCCCACUUGUCCAUGAGACCAUCCAUGUCCAGCUCCCGGUCGGUCCUGAUGAGCUCCGGCAGCCGAGGUCUGGGAAGUUACGCCGGCGCAAAUCGAAGUUUCCAGCUCGGCUCGGCUGCUCUCGGUCUGGGCAGCGGCGGCGGCGGCGGCAGCAGCACCUUCUUGGGAGGCAUGGGUCUGAUCUCCAAUGAAAAAGACGCCAUGCAGAACCUGAACCAGCGCCUGGCAGGCUACCUGGAGAAUGUGAGGUCGCUGGAGAAAUCCAACAAGGAGCUGGAGAAAGAGAUUCUGAGCUACGGGACCAAGUCCAUCGAAGGAUUUGACUGGUCUGUGUAUGAUAAAAUAGUCAGACCCAUUCAGCAGCAGAUCCUCGAUGCCAUCAUGCAGAACUCCCGCAUUGCUCUGGAGAUUGACAAUGCCAAGCUAGCAGCUGAAGACUUCAAAAACAAGUGGGAAUCAGAACUGAUACUGAGACAGUCAGUGGAGAGUGAUAUUAAUGGACUUCACCAACUGAAGGACACCUAUCUACAGCUACAGAGUGAUCUGGCUCAUGACAUUGCUGGGCUGGAGGAUGAGAUUGCCUACCUGAAGAAGAACCAUAAUGAGGAACUGAAGCUCUUGCAACAGCAGAAGACUCAAGACAUCCAGGUUGAGAUAGACGCAGGUCCUUCUGUUGACCUGACUGCAGCCCUGCAGGAUAUGCGAGAAAAUUAUACCAAGAUUGCUGAAAAGAACCAAAAGGAUUUGGACGAUUGGUACAAGCAACAGGUGCAGAUUCAAGUCACACAGACCACACAGAGUACCCAGGCUCUCGAUGCAAGCAAAGGUGAACUGACUCAACUGCGUCAGCAAAUACAAAACCUUGAUGGUGAAUACAACGCCCUACUUGGCACUAUAUCUGCUCUGCAGAACGCUUUGAACAACACAGACGCUAGAUAUGACAUGGAGCUUCAGAACCUACUCACCAGGAGCACGCAGCUGGAAGGGGAACUGGGAAAUCUCCUGAACAGCAUAACACAACAGGGCCAGGAAUACGAGAACCUUCUGAACAUCAAGAUGAAGCUGGAGGCUGAGAUUCAGAAGUACAAGACUCUUCUGGAAGGAGGCAACCAAAACCUGAUUAGCUUUGGAUCAUCUUCCUCCGGUGGUAAGAGCUCAGGAGGUUCCAGUAUGACCAUCACCACCACCACAAUUGAUAGAGAAGUUACAAAGUGAAGACUCUGUGGCAUCUUCCUGGGAACCCUCAAGCCUGAGGCCCCACAACUCAUAUUCACUGCCGUGGUUUCUGCUGGAGUCUUAGGGAUGUGAGAUCUUCAGUUGGGGAUUUUCUCCCUCAUGGCUUCCGUCCUUAACUCUUACUCUUUUGGUGCUCUUGCUAACAAUGGAACGUGUACCAGGACCCUCAAGGCUCCCUUCAGGUAGAUUCGCCCCAUUUCCAAAUCAAACAGGUGGGCUGCAACGGAGCCAGAAGCCAGCCCCCAUCAGCUGCGAUGCCUCCAUUUCUCACUCAUUUCCUCUCAAACGUUGAGGUGGGCCCACACUUUCCACACUUAAAGGAACCCUGGGUUGCCCUGAAGUUCCGACACCUUUUCGCAUGUCCGCUUUCUGUUUUAAAAUUGAUGAAUAAAAGCUUUUCUGAUCAAAUCUCAAA